AUGUCGGUACCUCCCGAGAUCAUCCGCGUCAAGCGGAAAAGGGACGAUGAUAGUAUCCCUGUCGCCUUCCUCCAGCUUGAUGAGGCAACCAAGAGGCACUGUAGUGGCAAUUGGGUCUACCAGAGACGGGUCGUACAGGCAACUUACGACAUCCGGCCAGUAAUCCAUUCCACUAAGCCUGAGGAUGUUACUGGAAUCGAGAAACAGGAUUCCUCUAUGGAAGGGGUUCCUGAGGGAGCUGCAGAGCAACGCCAGUUUUUCAUGUCCAAGUCGUCGUUCCUUUCAGUCCAAGCAGUGGGGCAGAUUUCUGCCAGGAAGAGACGCCAGGGAACAGCGGUGUUUGUUGAACGAGAACCAAAGAAAACCCGCCCAACUUCACUACCAAGCGGUGAUGCCCUCAUUGGCACAGGUACUACUAGUGGUUCACUACAGCAACCCCUUCCCACAAAGGCAACUGCCUCAAUCCUCCCCCAAGAAACUCAACAUGUGUUUGCAUCAAUUCAGCCACAGGCCAGCCAGGAGGAAAUGGGUCCAGCCAAGGGAGGCCUCGAGUCUGCCGCAGCCGAGGAGCCAAGGAAAUUCAAGCGAGCGGGAAGAAUGGUCCGGGAUCACCCUCGACCUGCAGGAGGAAGUAUAGCCGCUGCGGCACCACUUCCAGAGUACCAUGACAAUAUGGAAAAACUUGCGUCUGAGAUGGGGGCAUGGACCAUGGAUGAGAUUCAGAGGAACCUCGACAAGUUGGAGGGUAAGAGCAGCCGCGCUCAGCCAUCUACCCCCUUGCAGGAGCAGCGUCAAGGGCUGGUCGAAAAGAAAGCUGUUUCGCGCUCAACCCUGAGCUUGAGACCUAAGGUGCCUGCUCAGCGGUACGCGGAGCGCCAUCCGGAAGCGAUGGCUCCAGUAGGCCCCCCAACCGCUUCCGAUGGUGCUGCUGUUGGCAAGAAGAUCGACGCCUCCUUGGAUACGGAGAUGGACGUGGAUGGUGAUUGGAUAGAAGAAAUUUACCAACGCGUCCCCGCCUCCAAAUUGGACGCCACUGUACCCCGUAGCAAUGUUGGCGUCAUUGUCUUCGAGGAUGAGAAGGAGCAGCAGUUCUUCUACGGAUCGGGCGAGGGAGACUCGGACGCCGAGAUGUGGCAGGACGAAGAGGAUGAGAACGCUGAGGAUUACUAUGGUGCCGAUUACCCCGAGGACGAAGUCGAUCCCGAUGAUGAGUUCGAUCGAAAUCCGUACAGGUUCCGAACCGGAAACGCCUCUGACGACGAGGAGUUCGACCUUCACGACUACAACGAGGAAGACGACGAAUUUAAUGAGUUCGCCGAUGAUGAGAACGAUACUGACGCGCACAUCAUGGCAGGCGAGGAUCCCGCGGUUGCGGCUCGCAAGAUUCGGCAUUUUUUGAAAAGGCACGGGGACGGUCACCUCUACUGA